AUGCCGAGACUGAUAACUCGGUCGUAUACGUAGGAAGUUACUAAGCAAAAGCCCAUCUGGGUCAUUUGUGGACUUGGGCCUAGACUUUGAAAAGUCUCGAAUUUCGAAUUUAUUUUAUUUUUUGGUGAACUGAAUUCGGAUUUCAAUAGUGAGAAAAGUAGAGAGAGAGAAAAAAGAGAAAAAGGCUGGACUGGACAGACUUGCUGUUUCUCCUUUUUGUUUCCUCUACACUCGAGUGAGAGAGAGCUGAAGAAAGUGCUCUCAGCUCCCUCUCGCGCUCUCUGCCGAAAAAUCACAGCACGAAAGCUUCAGUAGAAACGAAGAGGAAUCUAAUUGACGAGGAAAUGAACAGUUCCGACGACGCCAAGCGAAUCAUCUCCGGAAAUCUACCAGGGAAGCCCGGCUCCGAUGAUCGGAGACUCGCUACGGUCGACCCCGCCGCUGCUCCCACCGUCGGCAAGAAAAUCGUCAUCAAGAACGCCGACAUGAAGGAGGACAUGCAGAAAGAGGCUGUGGAGAUUGCCAUCUCCGCGUUUGAGAAGCUGAAUGUGGAGAAGGAUGUGGCGGAGUACAUAAAGAAGGAGUUCGACCGGAAGCAUGGACCUACUUGGCAUUGUAUCGUCGGCCGGAAUUUCGGCUCAUACGUAACCCACGAGACGAAUCACUUUGUCUAUUUCUACUUGGACCAGAAGGCAGUCUUGCUCUUCAAAUCUGGCUGAGCUUGGCCCCCCUUUUACCUAGUAGCCGCGGCAACACAGACAUCGAUGAUGGCAUGGUGGCGACAUCAUGACUCAUGAGCAAUCAACCACGCCUUGUACGUAUAAGAAAAAAACUAAAAACCAGAGAAAUUUCGUGCUAGACAUUCUUCUUAUUGAGUUAUUGUGUGGAUGGAUCAAUUUGUAUAUCUCUUGAUGCUGCCUUGGGAAAAGAAUGGGCUUUCAGUUACAUGAACUACUCUCAUUUCAAAGUGUCAUGCCCUCUGUCAGUUUACCGCUUGUCUCUUCUUUUGUUCUAUCUACUGCCUCUGAUGUUGUAGACAGUGAGUCAUAUAUUCCUCAUUACAUGAAGUAUGGAAGUAAAUCCAAAUCCCCCCCUACAGUUUUAUUCACGCUGUUCCUUUCUUAUUCUUCCGUUUGUUGCUCUGUCUUAUUCUGUGACCUAUAUUUCUUUUUGAGCUUUAGCUGAUAUGGCCAAAUGGUUACCAUAGUUAUUACCAAAUCAAAUAAGGCUAAAUUUCAUUA